UAUAGCCAUCAGUGCCACCUAGGACGUGACAAUAUCUGGGCAGCUAUCGAGCAGGAGUUGCAGUGGGCUGUAUCAAAUCAAACCGAAAGUCGAGUUUAUUUUGUGCCUGAGGACUUGAAACCAUCUUGACAUGGCUGAUGAGGGAGAACAGGUACCGACGAUCAACGUCAAGGAACCAUUGGAUCUCAUCAGGUUGAGUCUGGAUGAAAAGAUUUACGUGAAGAUGCGAAAUGAGAGGGAACUUCGUGGACGUUUACAUGCUUACGAUCAGCACCUGAAUAUGGUCCUGGGAGAGGCUGAGGAGACAGUAACAACAGUGGAAAUCGACGAGGAAACAUACGAAGAAGUCUAUCGUACCACGAAACGCAGCAUUCCAAUGCUCUUCGUUCGAGGAGACGGUGUCAUCCUGGUUUCGCCCCCCAGCAUGAGGGCACAGAUAUAAUCCCUCUCAAGCCACCUAACCCCCACUGCCCCCUAAACUAAUGCAGCAAUUGCAGACUAAAGCUCAACGAAAUAAAUUCAUUUUAUUAAUUA